UUUGCACGGUCGCCUGGAGGCGCAGCCAUGUUGGGAACAUUAGAAGGGAACCAACACCACGACCAGAAAGACGGGAACAUCUAGGUUCGGCAGCGGCGUGUCUUAACACCUUAACACCACCACCAUGGCUGACCCGGAAAAACAGCCCGAACAACCAAAGGCUGUCCAGCAGAAGCUGCUCAUCGCUAAGAAAGUGACCGGGACUGUGAAGUGGUUCAACGUGAAGAGUGGCUACGGAUUCAUCAACAGAAACGACACCAAGGAGGACGUGUUCGUGCAUCAAUCGGCCAUAGUGAAGAAUAACCCAAGGAAGGCCGUGCGUAGCGUCGGCGACGGAGAGGUUGUCGAGUUCGACGUGGUAGUAGGGGACAAGGGUCACGAAGCGGCCAACGUAACCGGUCCUUCCGGGGAGCCGGUAAAAGGUUCACCCUACGCUGCCGAUAAACGACGCGGAUAUCGCGGAGUUCAUUGGUUCAACAACCAGAGACGCGGGAACGGUCGACCUCAGCGUAGACCUCGAGAGGGUCAAGAGGGUUACGACGGUGGCGAAGGCAAGACCGGCGACGAAUCGAACGCGGGAGACGCUGGUGGUCAACAACGACGUUACAGAGUUCGACGACAGUACGACGGCUACUAUCGUGGCUCGCGUCGGUCCGGUCCGUCGGCGCAGCAACAAGGCGACAACGGUGAAGCCGGCGAACAAGGCGGAGAGGGUGGCGGCGAAGGCGGUGUGCCGCGUGGCGGCGGCCGCGGUCGCGGAGGACCUUCCCGUCGUUACUUUCGUCGCAAUUUCCGCGGAGGAAGAGGCGGCGGACCUCCGCGUCGUCCUCGCAGCCAGGACGGCCAAGUAAAAUCGGAGCAGAAGUCGGAUGCACCUAAAGAUAAGGAUGCACCUGUCGCUGCCCCUGCUCCACAGGAAAGUCAGCCGGUCCAAAACACCACCACCGAAAGCACCGCUUAACCGAGAGUAACGGUACCACUACAACAAAAACACUCCUUUUAAUAUGUAACAGCAACACCCGUUAUACACCGAAGCAACAGCAGCAACAGCAACAACAGCAGCAACAACAACAAUAUAACGUAACAAUUGAAAAAAAUUAAAAAAAAAAAAGAAGAAGCAACAAGAAAGAGAAAGAAACCUAGAAACACCACUCCACACCCUCCCUGGAGUCGAGAAGGGCGCGCGCGAGACGCCGCCCGAUACGGUUCGAAGAAAGGGUGUAGCGAAUGCCGCGAACUCGAUCGCGACGAGGGAAGUCAGCGAUGGAUCGACUGCGAGCGAACAAACUUUUUCAACUUGGACUCAUCGUCGAUAGUUUUGUAAUUCUAAGUAGCCGCGGUGUUCGGUCACCGUCGCUCGAUCGUCAUUUUUCUUUUCUUUUCUUUUCUGGCCUAUUUAGGCCAGCGCCUAUUAGGCGUCGCCGGAGGCAACGAUUUCGCAAAGUCGAGAAAAUCGCUUUCGUUCGCGUUCGCGUUCGCGAUUCGACGACGAUCGACGUCGAUCGGGGUUCGUCGGCGCAUCUCGUUGCGCGGUGGCGAAAAUGAAUCGGAAACGAAUAUCGCGGCCGCGACCAGUUCGAUGCGCGCGAUGCCGUGCGAUGCCGCGCUCUUAACGGGAUAAUCUCGAUCAUGAAUGAAAUCGGCAAACUACGUCUAAACGCGAAAU